UUUGUAUAAUUUAGUGUAACAACAAAUAUGACGGUAGUUUAGGAGUGGUUUUUAAGUUUGCCAUAACUAUGGUGAUUUGGGAAAAAGGAAGUUAACGGUGCUCCUUUCUGCCGUUGGGUAUUGUUAGGUUAUUUUAUCGGUGCCGGCGGGCUAUAGGAAAAGUACACGGACGGAGGUGAAGAUGUUGGUGGAGCAGAGAUACUUGGACCGCAGAAGGUACUUCCGCCCUCUUUGCUACCUCUGCCUCUGUUUUACCACCAACCUCUUCAAAUUCCGAAGGCGUUCUAAGAGUUGAUGUUUGUUCAAGAAAGUGAAUUUGCGGGUUCAGAGUUAUUGGAUUGACGAUUGAGUGUUACCGACAGGUAACCAUUUCUGUUGGUAUUAUUGAUGAGCAACCAUUUCUACUAGGCUAUUUCAGGAAAAAUGGAAGGCAAUGAAGCUCCUUUUUGGCGUCAGGUCGUGUUAGGGCUAUAGGAAAAGUACACAGACAGAGCUGAAGUCAUGCUGAAGCAGAGAUACUUGGACUGUAGAAGGAUUACUUGUGCCCUUCUUGCGACCUCUGCCUCUGCUUUACCAGCUGCCCCUUCGAAUUUUACAGAUUAUCAAACCCUUCACCGUGUUCUUGAAGCCUGCAGACUCUUCCCCAUGAAUUCCAAAACUGUUAUUGAAACACAUGCACGAAUUAUUAAAUUUGGAUAUGGAAACUACCCUACUCUCAUCGCUUCUCUAGUAUCUACUUAUCAAUAUGUCGGUUGCCUUAAUCGGGUCCAUCGACUUCUUGAUAUACUCUGCUCUAAGCAUCUUGAUUUAGUUGCAAUGAACUUACUCAUUGGAAACUUUAUGAAAAUCGGGGAGUGCAAAUUUGCUAAAAAGGUAUUUUAUAAAAUGCCUUUCCGUGAUGUAGUAACAUGGAACUCAAUCAUUGGAGGUUGUGUGAAGAAUGCACGGUACGAUGAGGCAUUUAGAUUCUUUAGACAGAUGCUGACGUCAAAUAUUCAGCCGGAUGGAUUUACAUUUGCUUCCUUAUUGAAUGCAUGUGCUCAACUCGGAGCUCCUAGUAACACUCAUUGGGUUCGUGCUCAGAUGACUCAGAAAAAAAUUGAGCUUAAUUCUUUAUUAAGUUGUGCACUCAUAGACGCUUACUCAAAAUGUGGUAGCAUCCAAAUUGCAAAGGAAAUAUUUAGUAAUGUUCCUCACAGUGAUACUUCAGUUUGGAAUGUGAUGAUCAAGGGGCUUGCGAUUCAUGGGCUUGCAAUGGAUGCAUUAUCGUUAUUUUUGAGGAUGGAGCAUGAGAAUGUUCUGCCUGAUGCCAUCACCUUUUUGGGUAUUUUAACAGCUUGCAACCAUGGUGGUUUAAUUGACCAUGGUCGUAGAUAUUUUGAGCUGAUGAGAAGUCGUUAUUCAAUUCAGCCGCAGCUUGAGCAUUAUGGUGUCAUGGUUGAUCUUUAUAGUCGAGCUGGGUUUCUGGAAGAGGCCUAUUCUCUAAUCGUGACAAUGCCGAUAGAGCCUGAUGUUGUCACGUGGAGGACACUUCUAAGUGGUUGUAAAAUUUACAAAAAUCAUAAACUUGCAGAAGUUGCUAUCGCAAAUAUGUCUCAUUGUAAGAGUGGUGAUUACGUAUUGUUAUCAAAUAUAUAUUGUUCUCUCAACAGAUGGGAGGAAGCAGAAACAGUUAGAAAGAUGAUGAAAAUCAAUAGAGUUCGUAAGAAACGCGGAAAAAGCUGGAUUGAGUUGGGAGGUACCACUCAAUACUUCAAGUCAGGUGAUCGAUUGCAUCCAGAAAGCGAUGCAAUAGACAAAGUGCUAUGCAGUUUGAUGAAGAGAACUCGGUCGGAGGGAUAUAUGCCUGUGACGGAGUUGGUUUUCAUGGAUAUCUCUGAGGAGGAGAAGGAAGAGAACUUGUCUUUUCAUAGCGAAAAGAUGGCAUUGGCUUAUGCGAUCUUGAAAACUAGUCCUGGGGCAAAGAUCAGUAUAUCAAAGAACCUGCGGAUCUGUGAUGAUUGUCAUACAUGGAUUAAAUUAGUUUCAAGAGUGCUGUGUAGAGUUAUAGUAGUGAGGGAUCGAAUCCGGUUUCAUCAAUUUGAAGGUGGCAUGUGUUCUUGUGGUGAUCGUUGGUAGAGGAUGCAUCUCAUCAAUAAAAUAACAAGGUGAUACCUUUUCGUUUUAAAAAUUAUAAUGAGUAAUAAGCUCUAGUUUGGUAAUUAUUUAGUUUUUAUUCUUUGUUUUUCAAAAA